AAAAAGCAUCCCCAUUCACUCUUAGUGUGACGGCCUAGUGCUUCGGACAAGUUUCGAUUUUGUCAGCGCUCGUUGCCCGUGACUGGGGCUUUCAAGAAUACUUUCCAGAUGAGUUGUCGCAUUUCAAGUUUUUAUUGAUGUGUUUGUGCAAAGUGAAGUGUGUGGAAAAAGUAUGGUGAAACGUGAGAAAGUGAUACAUUAAUUGAAGUAUUAUUCUAACGAUCAUUCCCCGUGUGCAUAUUUUCUUUCUCUUUUGGAUUAUUUAGAGAAAAUUGCGCCAGUGUGAAGUUGAGAAUAGCUAAUUGUGUGAAGAGUAAAUACUCUUUUGGAAGAAGCAAACCAAACCCAAAGCAAAUCGAUUGCCUUUCUUUCGAAAACAAAAACAAAGCGUCUGAUUGUAUCAUCACUAAGAGUGUGUGUGUUGAUCACUAACAACAUUUUAUGUAACGAUUUAUUUUUUCGGAGCAACGCCGUUUCUAAAACAAAACCAAAAAGGUCGUGCUAAGAGCAAACGAAAUAAAAUUUCCUGCUCGAGUGCUUUGUCGUGCAUUCGUCGUUGUUCGUUGUGACACGUGAAAUACUGUUCGAUGUCACAUUGUCUUGUUCGAUUGUCUAUGCCCUUUCGCGCCACAGCAUUUAAAAAGAUUCUAUCGUAGUUUCAAAUGAAUAAAUAGCGAAAAUUCAUUGUUAGUGUUCUCCCCGAAGUGCCAUACAUUUCACGGCCCACUCGUGUUCCCGCCUCGGACACAGGGGCCAAGGUGAUAAGGGUGGUGAUACGUGGUGGUCAACACCACAGCCAGCCAGCCAGUCAGGACCUUCAGUGUUGAUGGUGCAUGAAUGGUAAAGAGAAGAGUUCGGUAUAGAGUAAAAAGAAUGCGAAAAAUAUUUUCGUUUAAAGUUUGUGUGAGUGACGUGAGCCAAGUGUGGUGGAAAUAAAUUGCCCUUUGGGUAUGUUGUUAGGGCAGAGAAUAAAGGAUAUGUUGUCGCAGCUGUAUUCAAACAAUAUAGUGCUAUUGAUUUUUGUUUGAAGCUGAGAUUGGAAGCAGGAAUUAAAAUCUUUUCGUGAAAAGCCUACUCAAGAUGACACACCUCCAGCGGCACCGGUUGGAGUCAGUGAGUGACCAUAGUGGCCCAUCCAGCUCGUCCAGCAAAUCAGAUAGCUCGGACGGUUCCGUCUCGGAGAUCUGUGAGGUAAUGCAGGACUGGUCCCUGGACGGUAGUGACCCCCACUCACAUCCGAUGCAGCUGCACCAUCCCAACAACCAUCAGCACCACCUUCUCCAUAAUCCGCAUCACCAUCAUCACCAUCAUCAUCACAACCAUCAUCGCCAUCAGCCACACCACCGUACUUCGAUUCUUUCGACUCACGACCAUCUCCAACAGUCACAGGAGCAGCAGCAGCAGCAGCAUCAACAACAGCAACAUAUGGGCGGAAUGAUUUCGCCCAACUCGAGCUACACGCAUGAGGACGUGGACGAGCAGGAUGACGAUCUCGAGUACACCAAACACGACCUCAUCAGUCUGGACAACGGCGUCAUCACCGACUACGAACGGGCCCAGGUCGAGAGCUUCUUCAGCGGACUCGGCACUGAGGUGUACGUUAGUUCAUCGUUGGCCAAUCUGUACGAGCGAUUAGGUAAGGAGGACUGGCGCUUGGUGUUUACUGGCAUUCCUGUGCUGCUACACGACAAGGGCAGCACACGGUCACGCUGCACACCGAGGGUGUCGUUCGUUUUAGCCGAACGUGGUACGUGCUUUGCCCUCUGGAAGGACACCAUCGACAACCUGUCCGACUAUAAGGUGGCAGCGGCAGCCUUCCACACGAUGUGUCUAUCAGCAGAUCAUCGAAAAGUGAUCGGUUUCAGCUUCGACUCAAAUCAGGCCGCCCGUGAAAUGUGGGUGCGGGUGGAGGAGUUGACCAGCAAUCCGGAAAACAUUGCCCUGUCGGCGCCGGGCAGAAAACGCAAAACCCAGAAGCGCGCCAAACCGAUCGUGCUGCCACCGAAAUCACAAAUCUCGCAACCGUGCCAGUUCAAUCACGUUACCAGCGUUACGACCAGUGACACGCAGCGUUACUUCAGUCUGCAGGCAUUCGUUUCCGCUCCGGUCAAGCAUCGCAGUCCAUAAAGCAGCUGAAUGGUGAGACAGAACACAGUUUGGGAAAAAGCAAGCUGAACGAUCCUUUGAGCCGAUACUCGAAAUGAAUGACGUAACACACGUAAUGAAUUCGAAACCUGAUCUAAGACACGAACAGUAAAUGUGAACCCGAUCAGCAUCAACAGAAAGUAGGAGUUUAUUUUCAAACUCACACAUAUUCAAGCCAUUUUAUUUUCCGUUCCUCAACACUUAUCUUCAUGCGUUUAACAACCUCUAGGAACGGAGUGCAAUCAAAGAUAUAGAUUUUUACCCUGUAUACACAAUCGUGUCUAAUAAGCAUAAGUAGCGCGAUUGUAUGACAUUCAAUUACAUCUCAAUAGUUUCCAUCUUUUCCAAGAAAAUAAAUAAAACAUCGUGUAGAGAGAUAGGGUAAAAAAAAACAUUUCCUAAUCAAAACUUAAGCAACUCUCUUCCCUCAAAUACCAUUUAGGUUAUUUAUUAAAUUAUCGAUGGUUUUAUCUAUACUAGACGUUAGAUUCACACCUCUUUAUGUAACACACGAAUGAAUACACAAACACCCGUAUACAUAGUUCAACAGCUGCAAAGCUUUUGGAAUAAUAUAGCGCCAGUGCUAAAAUAGAAAAACACAACUAGACUGGAGUGCCACAUUUCGUAGAUGCUUAAGAACAGGUUAGAUUUAAGGAAUUGCACCUCGAAUAGGAAUGGUUGCUGCAUGGAAAAUAGGUACAGCAACUAUCAUCGUAUACGUCAGUGUCGGAUUGAAAGAUUGAUCAGUUGAAUAAAAAUGUAUGUCUGUGAUAAACGAAACUAAAACACACGAGACAUCAUCGUACAAUAUGAGCGCUGGUCGAAACGAUCAGUAGAAAAUGAGGGGGGGGGGGGGGUUGAGGGGUGAUUAGAAUGAACAAUGAUGAGCAAAUUGACAAAAUGUUAGCUGUUUUAUAAGUUAGAUGCAAUAUAUCAUUUCCCAUCAUCAGUUCAAAUAUAAACUCUUCUCAAACACACAUUAAACUAGCUGAUACUUUCGCUCCUUGCCACAGCGUCGAUCCCACUUGAAGGAAUAAUGUUGAGUGUACAAUCGGCGUUGUGUUUGAUUAUUUAGUUCCCAUCCAAGCAGUCCAACAGAAAAGUCAAGCGUAUACAGGUAUUCCCCAAUAUACGCCAUACUCGAUAUACGCGAUUUCGCUAUACGCUAUAUUCUAAAUUUGACAGUUCUUUCAGAAAAUUGUACUAAUUUGGCACAUACAAAAUACAAAUCAAAUAAAAAAUAAAUUCUCUUUUGGUCGAAUUUGAAAUACCAAAGUUUCAAAAGGUAUAAAAUUGUAAUCUUCUGUUAAAAUCAGAUCAAAUAUCUAAAUUAGUGGCCAAAAACCUCCCACUUCUAGCAAAAUUAUACGAAAUUUACCUAUGAUUUGACUGAAAAUCUCGAAAUUCGACAUACGCUAAUAUUCAAAAAACGCUAUUGCCUUCGCUAUUCCGCAUAAUUAGCGUAUCUCGGGGAAUACCUGUACUGACUACCGUCUUUAAUAACAAUAAUGUUUUUAAAAAUAAUUUGUACACAAAGAAGACGUUUAGAGGAUGAACUUGACAUGAACUCUCCCAACAUCAAAACGAUCUGAAAAUAAAAAACUUAAAUUUUAUCAAA